AUGGACAGGAAAGCCUCUUCCAUCAUCUUCCUCUCUUUCUUUUUGGUCGCCUCGGCCUCCGCCUUUGACAUCCUGAAGCUCCUCGAGCAUGACUCAGAGCUGAGCAGCUUCAGCGCUGCCCUCAAGGAAUCCAAGCUCGCUGAUCAGAUCAACAAGCGCAGCACCGUCACUGUCCUCGCAGUUGACAAUGGUGGCGUCUCCGGCCUCUCCAGCAUGUCCGCUGAUGAGGCCAAGAAGGUCUUGGCCGCCCACGUCGUGCUCGACUACUUCGAUGAGCCCAAGCUAAAGGGAUUGGCAAAGAAAGACAAGCCCACAACCGUAACCACAAUGCUCCAAUCCACAGGCGAGGCUCAGAACCAGCAGGGAUUCAUUAACGUAGGGAUAAACAAAGCUGGAGAUAUCGCCUUCGGUUCAGCAGUCAAAGGUAGUGGCUUGGAUUCCAAGUUUGUCAGGUCCGUCACUGAGCAGCCUUACAACAUCUCUGUGCUUCAAGUCAGUUCUCUCAUUGAGAUUCCUGACCUUGUUGCUGCAAGCCCCGGUAGUGCACCUAAGAAAGCUCCUGCACCUGCUAAAGAAGACGACGUCGUUGAGGAGGAUGCCGUCGCCCCCUCACCUGAUGAUGUUGAUGAAGCAGUGCUCUCAUCUCCACCAGUGUCCGGAGACUCCCCAACAGAAGCACCAGAGAAUGCACCAGAGCACUCACCAGAAAAACCAGUAACUGCCGAUACGCAUGCACCUCCUACGAAUCCCUCGGCUGCUUCUCGCGUCGAGUUGGCUCUUGGUGCCUUUCUCGUGAUGGGUUUGGCUUCAAUUUUGGCUUAA